UUUGCAAUUAGAUGGUUGGAGUUAGAGCUCAAGCUGGUUGCUGAUGUUGGAAUUAUUGGUGCUCCAAAUGCUGGAAAAACCACAUUUCUUAGCGUGAUAAGUGCUGCUCGACCAGAAAUAGCAAACUACCCUUUUACAACACUGCUUCCUAAUCUUGGUGUAGUUUCAUUCGAUUAUGAUUCUACAAUGAUUGUAGCUGAUUUACCAGGUUUACUUGAAGGUGCACACCGAGGUUUUGGUUUAGGCCAUGAGUUUCUGCGACAUACUGAAAGAUGUUCUGUCCUGGUGCAUGUUGUUGAUGGUUCAUCUCCGCAGCCAGAAUAUGAAUUUGAUGCAAUUCGCCUGGAGCUUGAAUUGUUUAACCCUGAACUUGCCGAAAAGCCUUAUCUUGUUGCUUUUAACAAGAUGGAUCUUCCAGAAGCUUCUGAAAGAUGGGAAGUUUUUAGGGAACAUUUAUUAGCCGAGGAUAUUCAACCUUUCUGUAUGAGUGCUAUAAGUAACCAGGGUACACAUGAAGUGGUUUGUGCUGCCUACGAGCUCGUAAAGAAAUUUAAGGAGGUUGUCAAAGAAGCUGAAGGUUGUGCUGCACCUAUCAAUCUCAAUCAUGUGGCUGAGGAGAUAAAGAAGAAACGAGCUGUCCCUAUAAAUGAUUUUGAGAUUACUCAUGAUAGUAGCUCAAAGACGUGGCAUGUGGUUGGUGAUGGAUUGGAGCGGUUAGUUCAAAUGACUAAUUGGAGGUAUGUGGAUUCUGAGAAAAGGUUCCAACAUGUUCUUAAGGCUUGUGGUGUUAAUAAAUCUCUGAUUGAUCGGGGUGUGAAGGAAGGUGAUAGCGUUAACAUAGCAGGGUUGGUGAGGAUAUGGUACAAUGCUCCAGGAAGUAUUGGCUCCUCAGGUGCAAAGAAUAGAUCAACAAAUUCAAUCAGGUGGCCUAACUGGAAGUGA